UGUUACUAUAGGCACCAUCUCUCCCUACUAUACCUGCUAUCCCACAGUCACACUCCCUUCCCAGAGACUAUUACUUCCAAUGUUACUGCAUGGAGAAUAGCAGUUAUCUCAGAGAUGUUAUCCAGGAGGAGCCAUUCUCUCCACUGCUAUUACAGGAGUUGCUAUGCUAUUAUAACCUGUACAUGUAAGCGCUUUCUGUGCAUCUCAGUCAGGAAGUCAAGUUGUUGCGCGUCAUUAGGAGAUUUGCCACUUGUCCUUCCUAUAACGUCACACAGGGCCCCCAGGACAGUGUCAGUUAAUAUGAACUCAGUAAAGACGAUGGAAUUGUCAGUCAGAGAAAGUCAUGGGAAAGACUUCGGUCUCCUUGGCCUUUUCACCUCCAGUAAGUCUCCCCGCACUCAGUGUGGUACAUUCCACCCCAGCUGCUUCUCACAUGCCCGGGGCACAUCACGCCAAUAGCUGCUUAUUCCUCGCUCCCCUGGGCACCUGAAGGCCCCACACAGCUCGUUCCCGUAGCGCUCACCGCUCACCCUCCAUCCCGGCUGCUGCUCCCGCCCCAGGGAGUUACUUGGCUCCUGUCCGGGGUGAAAGGGGACGCUCCCCGGUAGGAUCCGCCCGGCCCGGGAACUCAGGCCUCGCAGUGCAGUCGGUAGAAGCCUGAGCUGAGUAGCGUGUGUCACCCCUAGCUCCAAGCUGGCAUGCGUGAGUGCCUGGGGCCGUAAGGAACUGUGUGACGGGGUGCGCAGGCGGCGGCAGGACACCGGGGCAGCUGAGUAGUGCGGGGUACAUCCAUGAUGUAUAAUGAGGAGGAGCUGCAGGUUUGGGGGGGCGGGGAGUAGGCACUGAGUGAAGCUCCGGCUUUCCCGGGCACUGUUUGUAUCCUGGGCUGAACUAGAAGUUUGUGUCAGUGUUGUGCGAGCAGCUAGCAGGGAACUGACGAGCCCGGCCACCGACGAGCCUGGCCACUAGCGCUGAAGGGGAGCAGCCUUUGCCCUUGUUGCCCACUGGGCACUAAGACUUUGGGAGACGCGUGGUGGGCGGGCACUGUCCCUGUUGGCACUGUCCUUAUUACAGGGCGGGGGGAAUGGAGGUGCACAUAGGGCUCGGCGGGGUAUACAAACAGCCUCCCGGGAAGAUGAUCAGAGGCGCAUUUGAGAACCUCUUCCUGAGUGUGCGGGAGGCGCUACAAGGGGAGCGUAGAGCCCUCGAGGGAUCCCAGGCGCCCGCAGGUUGGAGCGAAGCCCCCGGCACACACCGCUGGAGCGAAGCCUCUCCGCAAGACGGGACCCCCCUGAAUCCCUGGGUCACACACCCGCCUGCCCCUUGGAGAGAGGCUCAAGCAGAAGCAGCGCCGCAAAAUCCCGCGGGUCGCACAGAAGGUGCGCAGUUCCCUGCGCUGGGAGACUGUCCCACUGAGCUGAAGGAGAUCCUGGGGGAGCAGAGCGGAGGAAUACUGGAGAGCGAAGAGACCCCCGCCGAGAAGGAAGGUUUCUCGGGGCCCCCCGAAGGCAUCUCUGAUAGCGCCAAGGAGCUGUGCAAAGCGGUGUCCGUGUCCCUGGGGCUGAGCAUGGAGGCGCUGGAGCAUCUGAGCGCAGGAGCAGGGGAGGCGCAGCAGAGAGGGGACUGUAUGUACGCGCACCCGCCGGACACCCACAAGUGCCAAGUGGCAGAGGAAGACAAGAGCGACACCCGGGACGGGCCAUUCAGGAGGAGCAGUCAGAGCAACUUUGCAACUGGCAAGAGCCCAGAGGAUGGCGGCGGCGGUGGCGGCAGCAGCAGCGCGGGGGGCUCGGAAGAGAAGGAGCAGCCCUGCACAGACUUGGCACUGCCAGAGCCGGCCGGAGGGUACAGACACCGAGCUAUGGAGCUGACGCCUAGCCUCACCCUGUACAAGCCCACUGCCUUCAUGGAGGAGAGCCCUGGAUAUCCCAGCAGAGACUUCUACAGCUUUCAGAUGGCGCUGGCACCUCACGGCCGGAUAAAGGUGGAAAACCCCAUGGAGUACGGCGGCGGCGCUUGGGGGGCAGCGGGCAGGUACAGCGAACUGUCAGGCUUUGCCCAUUGCGGUGCCACCGCCGGCUGGCACACUCUCUUUGAAGAAGGUCAGUCCAGCGGCUCCUUUGCCGAGGCCGGUCCCUACAGCUACCCUCGCAGCCACGGACCUGCCGGAGCUGAUGGCGAAUUUCCCUCCGACGCCUGGUACCCGGCACCGACCAUGAUAGGCAGGGUGCCCUACAGUGGGCCCAUGAAGACCGAGAUGGCACCUUGGAUGGAAGGAUACCCUGGGGCCUUUGGGGAAAUGAGGCUUGAAGGAGGAAGAGAUCACCUGUUGCCCAUUGAUUAUUACUUCCCACCGCAAAAAACCUGUCUGAUCUGUGGCGAUGAGGCCUCUGGCUGCCACUAUGGAGCCCUUACGUGUGGCAGCUGCAAAGUCUUCUUCAAGAGAGCAGCUGAAGGGAAACAGAAAUAUCUUUGCGCCAGCAGAAAUGACUGCACAAUUGACAAGUUUCGGAGGAAAAACUGCCCAUCUUGUCGCUUGAGGAAAUGUUAUGAAGCUGGGAUGACAUUAGGAGCUCGAAAGCUAAAGAAGCUGGGGAACCUUAAGGCACAGGAAGAGUUGGAUGGAUCUUCAGUGCAGGGAGAAGGAAGCAAAGAACUCUCCCCUGGUAUGGGUAUUCCACAGCUUGAGGGCUACAGCUGCCAGCCUAUCUUCCUGAAUGUGCUGGAGGCCAUUGAACCUGUUGUGGUGUGUGCUGGACAUGACAACAACCAACCAGACAGCUUUGCUUUGCUCUUGAGCAGCCUCAAUGAGCUUGGAGAGCGUCAGCUUGUGCACGUUGUAAAGUGGGCAAAGGCUUUGCCAGGUUUCAGAAAUCUACAUGUAAGCGACCAAAUGACCGUUAUUCAGUACUCCUGGAUGGGACUCAUGAUAUUUGCCAUGGGUUGGAGAUCAUUCAAGAACGUCAACUCCAGGAUGCUCUAUUUUGCCCCAGACCUGGUGUUUAACGAGUAUCGCAUGCACAAGUCACGUAUGUACAGUCAGUGCGUCCGGCUGCGACACCUCUCACAGGAGUUUGGCUGGCUUCAGAUCACUCCGGAGGAGUUCCUCUGCAUGAAGGCUCUCCUUCUCUUUAGCAUUAUUCCUGUGGAAGGUCUGAAGGACCAGAAGUGCUUUGAUGAGUUGCGGAUGAAUUAUAUCAAGGAGCUGGACAGAGUCAUCUCUUGCAAGAGGAACAAUCCAGCAUCCAGCUCUCGACGCUUUUUCCAGCUCACCAAACUCCUUGAUUCUGUGCAGCCGAUUGCCCGUGAGCUUCACCAGUUCACUUUUGACCUGUUUGUGAAGGCCCAGAUGGUGAGCGUGGAUUAUCCCGAAAUGAUGUCAGAGAUCAUAUCCGUGCAGGUGCCCAAGAUCCUGUCUGGCAGAGUCAAGCCACUCUACUUCCACAUCUCAUGAGAUGCCCAAUGGGGGUGAGCCCCAUAAUACCUUGCAGUGUGCCUUAAGGGUCACCAUAUGCAAAAAGGACUCUAUCAAGGACUUUCAGCACGCCAGUGCAAGAGGCAUGUCCUCUGAGCAUCACCCUAGCUGUAUAUUCUUCUGCAGAACUGGGGUCUUACUGUAUUUACAAUGCCCUCUGUGUGAUUUGCCACUGACCCAUGGGUUAUAGGAGGACUGACUGCUCUUGGCAUAAGUGUUUUUAUUCCCAAUUUACAAGGGUUUUGUCACCUGUGUAUGCAGCAGAAAGGGAUUUCAGGUCUGGAAUUCCUGGGGCACUGCAAGACUUACAUUAUUAGAUUAUACUUAUAUACACAAACAUGCUUGUGUGCCAAUACCAGUGCACACAAUGCAGGACUGAGGCCACACAUAUACAGGUCUCAAAGUGCAAAAUAUAUAUAACGCACUAUAAUGGGUUUCCUUCAUCCAUGUUGCAGACCCCCAACUCACCAGCAUCUUGCCGGAGGGUUACAGUUCUGCAACUCUUGGAGUGACAAAGGUUGCCUGUCCUUGUAACAGAGCGUCGCAUUCCCAACUCUCUGGCUGAAAAGUGCAGCUCCAAACACAAGCCCUUCUGUAUAAUUUUUUUUCUAUAUCUUCUAACCUAAUUGAUUCUGACUGUGUGAGCUCCUUUUGCAGCCAGAAGACUUUGGGUAGCAAUUUUUAUAUUAAGGGGAAAAAAAAGUUGUGCUAAACUGCUUCUGUCUCGAUAGAGUCUGCAUAUUUUAUCCAUAACGUUGUGCUCCUGUUUGUUCCGGCUUCUCCAAUGAAUUCAGUGGCAUUUACAGCAGAGCAGCAGCUCCUCCAAAAGUGAACAUUUAAAGAGCCACAAAACUGGCUUUUUUCUGCUCAAGGGCAUGUUAGAGAUUUCCCUAAAGCAGCCUCUUUUUAUAGGGGCGACCUGCUGAUGCUUCAUUUGUGCCUCUGGAGUGGCACUUGCUAAAUGUCAUAAGAUAACUACAAUCUAUAGGCAAAAAAAAAAAAAAAAAAAAAAAAGGCUUGUUAAUUGACGCAGCACAUGCUAGAAGCGCUUUAAUUGAUUUAAAUGCCCCUAGAGCAAGGGGAAGCUGGUAUAGAGCUAUAGCUCAGCCAGGAGUGUAUUCUUUGAGGUUUGCUAUCCAUUGUCUUAUCUAGUAACAUGGUAAUAAUUUCAACCAAUCAGAUUUCUGCACUCGUAUUUCUUUCCUAACUGCACUAGACUGAAAAGCCAAUUGCUGAUUGGUUGCUACUUCAAACGGGGGGAAAUUAGCACUGUGUUACUACAUAAGCCUGCAAUACUGAGAAACAAACUCUGUGCUUAAUAUAUAAGGAGCCUCCUUUUUAUAUAGAGGUAAUGCUUUAUCCCCACUAGCCUACUUUUUCCCUACAGACUAUUAAGCUUAGAGGGCAUUAAAAUAAAAUCCAGAAGAUGAGUAGGCCUGGAUUACAGUAUAUCCUCCCAAAUGGGACCUCACCACCCCACCUCAACCCUGGCAUUGCCUACCCCAUUAUUUAAUGCCUGCGUCAUGCUGACUUGGUUGCGCCAGUGAUUUUCACAUAGACACACAAUAGGGUAAACACCCCUACACCAUACCUCCCAACUGUCCUGUUUUUCACCGGACACCUUGAUUUUGGCAGCUCAGCCCGCAGAAGAAAUUUUCGUACAGCACCCAUCAAUUUAAAAUGCCUUUAUUGGUACAUUUUAUGGCAAACAGCCUGGUCUGCGACGUUUCAGGCCUACCGGCCUUUUUUCAAGCUCAGCCCGCAGCCCCGGAUUGUUACUGAAAUGCCCCAUGUUUCUCUUUGAUCUCCUGCACUGAACAGCCAGAAAAAGGUUUUUUACGUAAUUGGCUUUUGGCAGAGACCCCCGAA